AUGAUGGAGAUUAACAGAUUCAUCAAACUAUUGAGUGUGCUGAUGUUUGUACUUUCACUGUGCAUGAAGCUCAAUUCAGUAUCUGCUGCUGAAGUUAGGUGCAUAGAGAGGGAAAGACAAGCUCUUUUGAAGUUUAAGCAUGACCUUGUUGAUGCAGAUGGCGUUUUGUCAUCCUGGGGAAGUGAAGAAGAUAAAAAGGAAUGUUGCAAAUGGGAGGGCGUCUCGUGUAGCAACGGAACUGGUCAUGUAACUUCACUUGAUCUGGUAUUUCACUCUUUGAAGGCUAAGCUUAGCCCCUCACUGGUUGAUUUGCAACAUUUGAAUUAUUUGAACCUGAGAGGUAAUGAUUUUGGAGGAAGUAAAAUACCAAGAUUCAUUGGUUCCUUCAAGAACUUAAGGCACUUGAAUCUCAGUGGCUCAAACUUCAGUGGUGAAGUUCCUUGCGAACUUGGGAACCUUACAAAUCUGAAUACUCUUGACCUUGGAAGUGAAAUACUAAGAGUCAUUGGUUCCUUCAACAACUUAAGGCACUUGAAGCUCGGAUCCUCAAACUUCAGUGGUGAAUUUCCUUGCGAACUUGGGAACCUUACAAAUCUGAAUACUCUUGACCUUCGUUAUAACAAUUUGAGAAUCAAGAAUUUUGAUUGUCUUUCUCAUCUUUCUUCGUUAUCACAUCUUGACUUGAGUGGUGUUAACCUUAUAAAUCAAACUAGCUGGUUGCACCACAUGACAAGUUUCCCUCUCCUCGAGGAACUGCACUUGGAUUACUCAGUUGAAGGGUUAGGUUACGAAAGCUUUGAUAUCUUUCCUAAUUCUUCUUUAUCCAAACUAUCUAUCCUCCGCCUAUCCUCCAAUUAUCUCACUUCCUCUUCCACAUUCCGCUGGAUGUUUAACAUUAGUGCGAGUCUUAAAGUCAUUGACCUCGCUGGUAAUCAAUUAGAGGGUCCUAUUCCCGAUUCCUUUGGGGAAUUGUUUUUUCUUGAAGAUCUUGUUUUGAGUGACAAUAAGUUGCGCGGUGGGAUUCCAAGCUCUUUGCGUAAUUUACAUACACUAGAUAUAUCAUCCAAUGAAUUAAAUGGUCUCUUGCCAGAUAAUACCACAUUUUCAUCCUUAUCACGUUUGGACCUUGGUAACAAUAAGUUGAAUGCGUUUCACACACAAUGUCUUGGGCAACCUUUAGUUCUUAGUGAAUUAGAUUUAUCUUACAAUCAAUUGAAAAGGCUGCCUGAAGGUAUUGAGAAACUUUCAAAUCUCAGUUAUUUAGGUAUGUCUUCAAAUUUGUUGGAAGAUACAAUCACCGAAAGUCACCUCUCAAACUUUGCCAACUUAAGAGAGCUUGAUUUAAACUCGAACUCCUUGACUUUCAAUUUGAGCUCAGAUUGGAUUCCUCCUUUUCAAUUGUAUAGACUACUGCUCAGCCAUUGUCAUUUGGGCCCUCAUUUUCCAAAUUGGAUUCAAACUCAGAAUUUUCUUGGUUGGCUUGAUAUAUCUUUUGCUGGUAUAUCAGAUGCAAUACCCAAUUGGUUGUGGAAUAUGCCUUUUUUCACAAUAUUAGAUCUUUCUCAUAACAAUAUUACGGGUAAAAUUCCUAAUUUGUCCUCACAGUCGACUCAACGUUCAAUUAUAGAUUUAAGCUACAAUAACAUUUCAGGUCCAAUUCCAUCAUUUCUUUUUUAUUGGCCAGAAAUAAAACUUUCCAAAAACAUGUUUUCGGGAUCCAUUUUUCACUUAUGCACAAUUCCUACGGAAUCCAUUUUUCAUUUAAACUACGUGCUUGAUCUCUCGGAUAACCAAUUGGCAGGAGAGCUUCCUAAUUGCUGGAUGAACGGAAGUGAAUUAUUUGUUCUGGAUUUGGCAAAUAAUAAGUUCUCAGGUAAGAUUCCCCUCACUUUGGGCACUUUGGAUCAACUCGAAGUAUUAAACUUGCGUGGCAAUAAUUUCAUUGGUGAAUUGCCUUCAACUUUGAGGAAUUGCAGGGAGCUGAGAAUGCUUGAUGUGGGAGGAAACAAGUUAACAGGUAAUAUUCCAGCAUGGAUAGGAACUCACUUAACAAGUCUGACAUUUCUUGGCCUUCGAUUUAAUGAAUUUGAUGGAAUCAUGCCUUCCACAAUUUGCCUCCUUACCAAUAUCCAUGUCUUGGACCUUUCUAGAAACAACAUUUCAGGAAGACAAGAAUUUGAAUGGAGAACACUAAGACUUUUGAAAGGCAUUGAUCUAUCGGGAAAUAAGUUUGUUGGAACUAUUCCUCAAGAGUUUUCCGCUUUAAGAGGUUUAGUUUUUUUGAACUUAUCUAGAAAUCAUUUGACGGGAAAUAUUAUUUCAAACAUUGGUCAAAUGGAGACGUUAGAUUUUCUUGACUUGUCUAGAAACCAGCUUUCAGGGGAAAUACCAAAUAGCCUUGCAGAACUACAUUUUCUCAGCGUUUUGGACUUAUCGUACAAUAAUUUUACUGGAAAGAUUCCUUUAAGCACUCAACUACAAAGCUUCAACUCCUCUGUAUAUGCUGGGAAUAGCCAACUUUGUGGGGAGCCUCUGGCUAAGUGUCCAGGAGACAUUUCUAAUGGUUCUGCUACUGAUCACGGAGAGGGGAAUAGUUUUGAAGAUGAUGAUGGUCCUCAAGCAUUCUUGGAGGCAUUCCUACUUCAGAUGGUGGAACAACAUUGGGAACUGGAUGUAUGUGACAACAACAAUCUAUGUCACAAGAUUGAAGAGAAAAUUUCUGAAAUGAAGAAGCCCCUUUCGGGAGACAAGAAAGUGUCGACUAUCAUUUGA